AUGGAGCUCAUCUAUCUCAGGCCUGCCUUGCUUCUACUGGUUCUCAGCUCUAACAAUGCCUUCGCCGGGCCUAUGAAGCUCGCCACCGAAGGAUCUCCCUGUGUUAACCUUGCCGUUCCAAAGCUCAGGGCAGGAGUUUACACAAGCGACACAGAAUCUGUAUUUUCACAAUCGACCACUUCAUCUUCGGACCUUUCCUCCCAAUCCGUGGAUAAUACACAGUUUGCGAGCCCGUUGCCCACGUCUUUUCCAAAGCCCCUUGGCACAGCGAGCAGCUUCAAAGACACGUCCUCAUCUGGUGUUAAGAGUGGUUCGUUUUCAAACCCGGCAACGAUCACUGCCAGUUCCACGCUUUCAUUCAUCACUGGGGCCCCCAAUAACGGACCGGUAGUCCAAACAAUUACAUCGACUAUAUCAGGCAAGGCUGUCCUUGUCCCUGUCCUGCUUGGUGGCGCGUUUACUACUCCUGUAGCCCUGCCAUCGCCGGUCACGAACAUACUCAACCCAACCGGAACCGCCGCAUGGGCGAGCGCAAGCGUGUUCUCCGGCCAAAUUUCAGCUCUGUACCCUCUGAUCGAGCGUUGGAUAGACAAUCCGCAGUCAUCCGAGGUGAAUGAUGUUACCAAGGCCAUCGAAGGGGUCCUACCAUUCGGUGCGGCUCUUCUCGCCAGCCUUCCAGGACGUCCCCCAGGCGCAGGAGGCAAGUCUGGAGGCGGUGGAUGUGGAGGAAAGACUCGAAGAGACUUGUAUGGCAGAUCAAUACUUGGUGAUUUGUUCAACACAAUUGCCGAUGCUGUCAGCUGCGUGACGGAAGGAGUAGAAGACAUCAGCAAUGCGAUCAAAAAAGGCACCGUGGGGACAGAGGCCGAAUUGACAGACGCCAUUAAAUCGGUUGAAUCACAAUUAGAGAAUCUGAAGCCGGAAGUAGAAGCUUUGAAGGACGACCCUGGCGACGAGUCUGAAUCGACAACUGACCCUGCUUCAUCAAGUCUUUCGACUACAUCAUCAAGCUUUUCCUACACAAGAACUCAGACUGUCACCAACUGCAAUGCGGUGUGUACUACAACAGCAUCCACAUACACCCAAAAUGUCAACCGCGGAAAAGCCUGUAGUCGUACCUGCUCCGCCGUCAUUGUCGAAGGCUGCACAAGCGUUUCGCCCACCAUUUCCUCCUCUAUAGUCACCAUAACCCCGUCGAGCCAGCCAUUUCUUUGCGACGCAAACUCUGCCGAGUGCUUAUCCAAUGACUUAGCGCCCCCUCCCGGUCCAGUCGAAGGAUGCCAGGACUGUUUAACAGAUUCUCUAUCUAUGGCAUAUAUUACCCCAAGUACCGUUACAGCGUUGCCAAUAGGUUCUGAACUCUACAAACGCUCGGUUCUUACCGCCUCUUCAAGACUGCAAACUUUCCAAAUUCCUUCAAUAGAUCUCGACAACCAUGCCUCCGAUGAUCAGACUAGGGUAAAGUCCAGCAGUGCAAAACGCUCAAGUCCUUCACUGGUUGCAAACUUGACCGCGCAUACUUUGCCUGUCCCGGGAAUCGAUCAAGCACAGUACCUUUAUAACGAAUUGAGACAAGCCAUACUUGUUCCUCAUCCUAGCAUUCCUAAUCCUUCUGGUAAUGGCAAUAUUGGCGUGCCGUCUGCUUUGACGAGCCUACUUUCAGGGAAUCGAGGAAGAAUGGGAGUGAUCAACCUGUACGGUUGCACAUCAGUUAUUGUUACGUCGCAGCAAGGCGUCUGGAUAUCACACUUUUGGGAAGCUCCAGCAUUCACCAAGGUGAUAAUACCAGCCACUCACGAUGCGGACGGAAACGAGAUUACCCCUGCCCAAUACGCUUUUGAUCAAAAGCAAUUUGAAAAUGACGUUCUCAAUAGAUUGGAGUGGGGCUUCGUCUUCAAUGGACAAAAAACCGACGGGCUGCAUCUUUUGUCCGCCCCUGGAGCGCGAUUUGACCGGCAAUACGAUCCUCACGUGACCAUCGUUGCUCCGCGAAGAAAGGUUGCGUUUGCUGAACCAGCCGACCUAGCAUAUCCCGGUCAAGUCGGGCAGAUAGUCACCAAAAUCCGUGAAAUAUUUGGCAAAGUCCUCUUUCAGUAUGAUCCAUACGAAGUUUUAUUUGACACUUGCGAUGGGCGCCCAGCUCAGCAGUGGGCAGCUUACCAGAUCUGGUUAGAAGACAACCCGAACCCAAUCCUCGAAAAAACAUGGCCAGCCUCUCUGUCCCAGCUUGUUCCUCACCGCAAAAGAGAUGAGUCACUUGCGUGUAAUAUUUCGAACUCGAUGCCCACUUCUGCAAGCACCUUGUCUUCAUUCGUUACCUCUACGCGGGCGACUACUUCGAUUCAAACGACUUCGACUACGGUUUCUUCAGAGAUAUCUCCUCCAAAUCAGGCUUCAAUGUGGUCUGUUAUCAUCAGCGACAUGGAGUCUUUCGUUAAAGCGAGUGCGAGCUCGACUGCUAGUCAAACUACAACUUCCGCUUCGCUUCCAACUUCAACUUUGACCGCAAUGAUUACGUCGUCAGCGGCAGUCCCGGGACAAGGAGGUGUCCCAGCUUGCGCCUAUAUGAUUGCAAGUGACCUUGGAGGAGGGGCCAUGUGCACCGCGGACUAUUGCAACUGCGGAGGGACACCGGCACCUCUUUUGACUUCAACGACAGCCGGGACAACGGUUACGGAUUGCGGAUAUUCAACCCAACCACCAGCUUCGCAAUGUCCACAGACGCUUUCCACGUCUCCUCCGCCAUCAUCUGCUGCUCAAAGCGCACCGUCAUCGCCCGGUACAACAAACACCCAACCGCCACCGCCAUUCGCGCCAGGGAACUGCAAGAUCCACAUCAAAGAGUGGUUUGGCACCGACGAACCCUGGCUGGCGCCGGUCUACAGCUCCCUCCAAAUCUACGACGGUCAAGGCACACAGCUUUACACGUUCGACUCCGGCAGCGUGCCAUGGGGCAACAGCGUGACAGCGCCCAUGGCCGAUAGCAAGCUUCCUUACGACGUCACCGUCACCUUCUCCACGGAUGUGCCGAAGAGGAGGAAACGCGCAGGGCUUGGGAAUAGUCUACUCCGCGGCCGCUUGUAUGUUCCUCAACCAUCGUACGCCGAGCACACGUGGAAUAAGCGGCUUGUGACGAUUGGUGCUGGAGACACGCACUGGGACUUCUCCAUGACGGACCAGACGAAGCCCUGGUGUUCGGUUGGUGCUUGGGACAUGGGGAGUUGGAAUGGUAUUGAGCACACGAAUCCGCUCCUGGAACCAGACGUUGGAUUCCCCUGUCCUCCUUCCCGUAGAGGAUCAUCGGACAAUAGCGUCUGCGCGUCAGCAAGCCUUCGCUUUGAAGCCCACCAGGGUGGUUGUAGGAAACUCCCCACUAGUCUAUUACUCAGCACGUGGCACGAAUGGCCACUGGCAUGCUGUUUGAGUUUGCUAGCACAUCUCUUGCUCUUGCAUCCAUGCAAGUUGCGCUAUCAGCGCCAGCUACCAGCCGAUGCAGCGUAG